UCUGGGUGAAGGAAGGAAGGAGGAGGCAGCAGCAGCAGCAACAGCAAGGAAUGAGGCGGAGAGACUGACUUCCCACCACAAGCAGCUCGGCUGCAAAGGAAGCUGCUUGGUGACAAACCCUCUGUGUUCCUAUAAUUACCCAGCUGGACUACAAAGCCCCCUUGCCAGGCUCUCUCGUGUUUCGGACCACCGCCAUUCUCUGGAGCAAUGGCAGUCCAGGCUGUGCUGGAGACAAUAGAAAAUGGGGAGCAAGAUACAGUCCUCAAGGUGCUACAGAUCUACAACCAGGAGAAAUCACAGUGUUUCAUCUUUGAAGAUGAGGAACAAGAAGAAAGGAAGAAAAUGGCCCUGCUCCUGAUCAAGUUCUUGGAGAGGGAGCUGCAGCCAUCCUGCCAGGUUGUAUGUUUAGAAAGCAUCCGGAUCCUGUCCCGGGAUAAAACCUGCCUUCAACCUUUUGCCACUUUGGAAGGCUUGAAGACCCUCGCCAGACAUGCUGGAAUUGAUUACACAGAGGAGCGUAUUGUAGAAGUCCCAGACCUGGAUGUGAUCCUGGAGGCCCUUAAAUGCCUCUGCAACAUUGUCUUCAGCAGCCGAGAUGCACAGGAACGGUCCUCUGAGGCCCAGAUAGUGGUGGGGCUCACAGACCGCAUCAAACUUUAUAAUGAGAGAAACUUCCCCCACGAUAUCCAAUUUUUUGACUUGCGUCUUCUCUUCUUGCUGACGGCACUCAGGCUGGACAUCCGGCAGCAGCUUGCGCAGGAGCUCCGAGGGAUCAGUCUGAUGGCAGAUACCCUGGAGCUUACCCUGGGGGUCAAGUGGAUCGACCCUCAUGAGGUCACUGCUGUGGAGAACCCUUCCCUGCCUUUACCUCGGCAGGAGGCUGAGCGUGCCAUGGAGAUCCUGAAGGUGCUCUUCAAUAUCACCUUUGAUACCAACAAGAGGGAAGUGGAUGAGGAAGACGCAGCUCUAUACCGACACCUCGGUGCCCUCCUACGUCAUUGCCUGAUGAUUUCAGCAGAUGGGGAGGACAGGACAGAAGAAUUUCACAGUCACACAGUCAACCUCUUGGGCAACCUGCCUCUCAAAUGUCUGGAUGUCUUGCUGGCCCCGAAGGUACAUCCAGGCUCACUUGAGUACAUGGGAGUCAACAUGGAUGCCGUCAAUGUUCUCCUGGAUUUCCUUGACCGACGUCUUGACAGGGGUCAUAAGCUUAAAGAAAGCCUGACUCCUGUGCUGAACUUGCUGACGGAAAGCGCCCGGGCCCAUCGGCAGACAAGGAAGUUUCUCAAAGCUAAGGUACUCCCUCCACUGCGGGAUGUAAAGAACAGGCCAGAGGUGGGAAACUUGCUGAGAAAUAAACUGGUGCGCCUCAUGACUCACAUUGACACGGAUGUGAAGCACUGUGCAGCAGAGUUCCUCUUUGUUCUCUGCAAAGAGAGCGUGUCUCGGUUUGUGAAGUACACAGGAUAUGGGAAUGCAGCUGGGCUGCUGGCAGCACGAGGCCUCAUGGCUGGAGGUCGGACUGAAGGAGAAUACUCUGAGGAUGAAGACACCGAUACAGAAGAAUACAAAGAAGCAAAACCCAACAUUAACCCUAUAACUGGACGUGUGGAAGAGAAACUUCCCAAUCCAAUGGAAGGGAUGACAGAUGAGCAGAAGGAACAUGAAGCAAUGAAACUGGUGAAUAUGUUUGACAAACUCUCCAGGAAGCAGGUAAUCCAACCAAUGGCAAUGGAUCCUGAUGGCAAUUUAACCACUCUGGAAGAUACCAUUCCUCAGAUGGUUGAAGAAAGGCCAUCAUCUGACUCUGACUUGGAAUUGGACUAAACUCGCCACUUCCUCAAAACCUGGGGAUUUUCUAUUCCCCCUCCAUAAGAGGUACUGUAUCAGAAGAUCAGUCCCUAGAAAGGAUUUCCAAUGGGCUGGAAUCCUAUGCUCAAGCUGCUGAAAUUCCUGCAUCUUCUCUAGCCCUCCUACCUUUGAGAGCUUUUUACACCCAGAGACUCUGUUGCUCUCUUUUUCUCUCGGUAUUCCUAAGAGUUUUGUAUUCGUUCCAUGGAUUUUCCAGCAUAUUUUAUGAAGGAGGGAGAAGGCACUUUUCAUUGUAGAGGAUGCAGUAGCACAUAAAGUACGCUGAGUGCGUGUGCCCAGCUACUGCUGUACCAAGAAAGUGUGGUAUACACACACAUUUGUGUGUUUGCAGCAAGGGUAUGUAUUGAUACUUGUGCCAAGCACAUAAUGUAGCAACCAUACAAUGUUGUAGUGUUUAAGAAAGCAUGAAUACUCUCAAUAGCUGUGAACAUAUACUUGCAAACAGUUUGACAGAGAAAUGUGUAAACAAAGAUGAACUUUAUUUUUUUUCCAAUAUGUGAUACUAUGUCUUUUUAACCGUAGAAGGCAUAUUUGGAACAAAUUUGGUGAUUGAAACCCAUUUUAGGCAGCUCUCUUUAUGAGCUGGCUGCAGGAAAGGGGAUGUACAGUGUUAAAACUGUAUGUAUGUAUGUAUGUAUGGGAUAGAUAGCAGGAUGCUUGUUUAUUAGGAAGGUGAGGGAUGGAAUCUUUGGAGACAUUUUCGGCUUAUAUUGUUAUACAUGUUGACAUUUCCAGAUUAUAGAGGGUCUCUGAUCCCUAUGUGGUCUGACACUGUAUUGUGUUCUUUAGUCUUCUGAACUAAUACACAUGUUGUGCUCUUCAAAUAAAAAGCAGAUUACUUUCUUGACUGCACUCUAAAUAUAUACUUCAGUUUCCAUAUUUCCAUAGUGUUCUACAAAUUGCUGUCAGGCAUCUCCAUCCUUUACACUGAUCUUAAACAUUUCCGUUUAUUAGAAAGUCCUUUCAGCUUGUUUCCACUUUACCAGCAGUUUCUGAACUUAGCACAAUUGUAAAUUCAAGGUUUUCAAUAGAAUAAAUAUAACCUGCAAGUAA